AUGACAGCGGAACCGAACAAACAGACUCUUCCGGAUGAGGUCGAUGUGAUUGUUGUCGGAGGUGAGCAAUAGUAGUUCGACUGCGCCCUCGCUCAGGACCAACCCCACACCCACACCCCACACCCGCGGCAUUACGCAGUGUCGCGGCCUUCUUUGAAGCUGCCCCGCACCACCACUCUUCUCCAUCUCUCGAGCGUACGAUCCUGACCUCCCUCACUUGCGUGUACUCGUAAAUUCAGGUGGUAGUGCAGGCUGUGUCGUAGCUGGUCGUCUGGCUCAAGCUUCGCCUGAGCUGACCAUCGCUCUCAUCGAGCACGGCAUCGUAAGCCAAACAAGUCACUUUGUGGGGAGCGUGAUAUUCAGGCUUAACGAUGACGCCUGCAGAACAAUGACAAGGUGAUCGACUCUCACCAACCGGGGUACUAUCCCCGCCACAUCGCCUCUACCUCUACCAAUGGUACGUUGCUCAUAGGCUGCCACUUUAGUGCUAGCCCUCAGCUUUUUGUGGGGGCCGAUGCCAUGAUCGAGAUCCCGCACGGAAACUGAUCGCCGAACUUAAAAAUGCGGGGACUUUUCAAUGAUGGCCCGGUUGGUACUACAGCCACGUGAGUAGUGAAAAUUCGUUGGCUCACAUUCGCUAUUUUUGGUAAUAGUUCUCGAUUUCAUUGGCUGACCCGUGUUGUGCCUAUGCCUUUCCCUCUCGCUUUCAUUCGCCCGCUGCCGGAUCGCUUGCGCCACCGACCGCCACUCCGAACUACGAAUAGCUUUUACCAAACUGUUCCCGACGAUGAGACCAACGGUCGGGCCGUGGUCGUUGCAGCAGGCGGUUUGCUCGGUGGUGGCUCUUCCAUCAACUUUGUAAGCCUCUAUUCUCAUGGGAUUACUUGAUACUAUCCAGCGACGUCUUGUUGACGGACCAGGCAAAAUUUUGCGCUCGCAACCCCGCAGCAACUGUACACGCGUGCUUCAGCUUCAGACUACGAUGACUGGAACACCGAAGGGUGGGCUUUCAAGGACCUCCUGCCCCUCGCUUGCAAGACGGAGACCAAUACCCUGCAAGACCAGGACUGGGAAGUCCAUGGCCGGAAUGGCCCUCUCGGCGUGUCGUACGGCGGGAGCGAAUCCGCGCUUGGCGAAGAAUGGAUCAAGGCCGCUGCUGAGUGCUGGCCCGAGUUGCCUUUCACUUAUGAUGCCCAGGUUCGUAGGCUCUGGAUUUUGCAGUGUCUGAGUACCAUUCCUGAAACGCUCCAUUUCUUCUGAAUUGCCAGGACUUCAAAACGGGGCACGCUGGUGAGUGAAAUUCACAGUGCAAACGCUGUCUGAUCGAGCUGACAGUGGAGCCUGUUUCAAAAUCAGUGUCCAAGUCGGGCAAGUGGAUUAAUCAAAAGGGGCACCGCUCUGAUGUUGCCCAUGGUUUCAUCCACCCGAUCCUCGAGUCGCACCCCAACUUCAAGCUCAUCACGGAACACAAGACGAUCCGCGUCGUUUUUGACGAGUCCGGCGACGAGCCCCGAGCUAUCGGCGUCGAAGUGUGCUUCAACCCGUUAGCUCGCAAGGCGAUCGAUCCCGAGAAUCCGCCCAAGGUGAAGAGUCCCAAAAUCAUCAAGGCGAAGAAAUAUGUCGUCCUCAGUGCGGGUGCCCUCUCUACGCCCGCGAUCUUGGAGCGUUCCGGCGUCGGCAAACCUGACGUCCUGAAAGAGGCUGGCGUUGAGAAGGUUGUUAGCGAGCUCAACGGUGUGGGAGAGAACUACAAUGACCAUCAGCUCGCGAGUGCGAUCUAUGUUCUUGCUGAUGAGGCUGAUACCCUUUGCGAGCUUCUGCGCGGCACGCCCGAGGUCGUUGAAGCUGAGUCUGCUCUGUGGGCGAACGGAGGCGCAGGUCGCAUCGCAACCAACGGAAUUGAUGCUGCGGUCAAACUUCGCCCAAGCGAUGAAGAGGCGAAGAAGAUGGGCCCAGAUUUCCAGAAACGUUGGGAGGACAAGCUUCGCGAUGCAAAAGACAAGACCGUGAUGAGUGGCAAGUCGCUUGACAGCAUUGUCCACAAAUGAUUGCGCAGUCCCUGACCUGUUCCAUGUUGUUCUCCAGGUGUGCUGGUCGGAACGUUCCUAGGCGGUCACGACAAUCUCCCACCCAAGGACAAGUACGCGAUGAUCUGCCAAUUCGACAAUCAUCGUGGUGACAGGUCCCGUGGCAGCGUGCACAUCAAUUCAAGCGACCCCUUCGCGAUGCCGACCUUCGAUGCUGCCUUCUUGCGCGACCCCGCCGAUCUUCCCGUCCACGUGUGGGCGUACAAGCGAUUGAGAGAGAUCAUCCGCCGCAUGCCUUCUUACCGUGGCGAAUUUGCGCCGACCUCGCCCGCCUUCCCCGAAGGUGAAGCGCGCUGCUUGUCGAAGGAAGAGGCAGCAAAGCUCGUCGGUAAAAGACUGGACGAUAUCGUUUACACUGCUGAAGAUGACAAGGCGAUCGAGGACUGGGUCAGGAACAACGUAAGUGCUUCUAUGCUCGUCGUUCAAGUGAUCACUAUCUAGGAGCUGAGCCUUACGUUUGCUUCGUCACCAGAUUGGUUCGACGUGGCACUCGAUGUCGACGUGCUCGAUGAAGCCGCGAAAUCAAGACGGUGUCGUGGACGCUCGGUUGAACGUCUACGGUACCAAGGGGCUCAAGGUCUGCGAUCUCUCGAUCGCGCCAUCGAACCUCGGCACGAAUACUUACUCCGUGAGUGCUAUAACUGCGGAUACUCGUGAUGAAACAACAUUAAUCGGGCUCGAGAUCUUUCUCUUUUCACAGGCGGCAUUGACGAUUGGUGAAAAGGGUGCCGUCUUGUUGGGUGAAGAUCUUGGUAUCAAGGUCUAG